GCGCAUGCGCAUUUAGUGCACUAACGGCCAUAUUGCCACGUAGACUGUCCGCGCAGUAGCUUGGAACAUGAACGUUUUCCGCUUGUGUGGUGAUUUGUCCCAUUUGCUAGCUAUUAUUAUUCUUCUAGUGAAGAUUUGGAAGACCAGGUCGUGUGCUGGGAUUUCUGGCAAGAGUCAAGUGUUGUUUGCACUAGUAUUCACUACUCGUUAUGUUGAUCUUGUGAUAUCGUUUGUGUCUAUCUACAACACCGUCAUGAAAAUCAUCUUUAUUGUGACAAGCUAUGCAACUAUCUUCCUUGUUUAUGUCAAAUUCAAGGCGACAUAUGAUUCAAAUCAUGACACGUUUAGAGCUGAGUUCUUGGUUGUGCCGUGUGCCGGUUUGGCUUUCUUGGUGAACCAUGAAUUCAGUGCAGUUGAGAUAUUAUGGACAUUUUCUAUCUACAUGGAGUCGCUUGCUAUUCUUCCUCAACUUUUCAUGAUCUCAAAGACAGGCCAGGCUGAGACCAUUACCAGCCACUACCUUUUCGCUCUCGGUCUUUAUCGUGGUCUCUACUUAGUAAACUGGAUCUUUCGCUAUUACACUGAAGGAUUCUUUGAUCUAAUUGCCAUCGUUGCUGGUGCAGUGCAGACAGUCUUCUAUUGUGAUUUCUUUUAUCUCUACAUCACAAAAGUUCUGAAAGGUCAGAAGCUGCAGCUUCCGGCAUAAUUACUUUUUCUCCAGUCUCAACAUGCAGCUGUGUCAGUUGGCUAUUGGCUGGAUUAUCCAUGGCAGGUUGUAUAGUGAUGGUGACACUUUGACUAGUAUAGCGUAUCUUGUAUAUGUUGGUCUGUUACCAUGUGGUGUGAGACUGUUGCCGAAAUAAAUUAGUAUCGAUUUGGA